AGUCAUCUAAUCCCUUCAUCGCCAAUAUGUUCCCCUCGUUCUGGGCGCUGAUCGUCUCGUACCUUGCGUUGGCCCAAGUCUCUAUCGCGUCGUCAGCGUUUGAGAAGAAAUGUCUCGCCUUCACACCAGAAAAGUACAUCAAGGAUGCGACUCUGAACGUCCUCCAACACGUUCCGGCGGGUGCCAACCUGACGUUUCCGGACAACGACGUGACAUGCGGUCGAACUAGCCAGAUCGUCUCCGUGGAUCUCUGUCGUAUGACACUCGAGAUCAAGACAUCCAGAAUCUCAAAAAUUGCUUUUGAAGCAUGGUUUCCGGAAGACUGGUCCGGUCGCUUCCUGGCAACAGGUAAUGGGGGUAUCGAUGGCUGCAUAAAGUAUGAGGAUAUAGCGUAUGGGGCUUCGAGAAACUUUGCCACCGUCGGUGCAAACAAUGGUCAUAAUGGUACUACAGGAGUCGCAUUUCUCGACAAUCCUGAGAUGGUGGUGGAUUUCGCCUGGCGAUCACUCCACACCAGCGUAGUUACCGGCAAGGCCUUGUCCAAGGAGUUCUACGGGGAGGACUUCACCAAAUCUUACUACUUAGGCUGCUCUCUUGGUGGACGCCAAGGCAUUAAGAGCGCAGAGAAGUUCCCCAAUGACUUUGAUGGCAUCGUCGCCGGAGCACCAGGUGUCGACUUCAACAAUCUGAUAUCCUGGCGCGCACGCUUCUUCACCAUCACUGGCCCCAUCAAAGGCUCCAACUUCAUUCCAAAGACCGCUUGGCAGACGUGGAUCCACGACGAGGUGCUGCGCCAAUGCGAUACCAUUGACAAGGUCAAAGAUGGCAUCAUUGAAGACCCGGCCUUGUGCAAGUUCGAUCCUUCGACGCUGUUAUGUGGCCACAACUCUACGGCUGAAUGCCUGAACGAGGACCAAGUCCAACAGCUGAAGAUCAUCUACAGCGAUUACAGAUUUCCGGAUGGACAGCUGAUCUACCCUGCCAUGCAACCAGGCAGUGAGAUCAACGCCGUAGACAAAUUAUACGCAGGCGCUCCAUUCGCCUACUCGGACGACUGGUUCAAGUACGUCGUGUACAAUGAUCCGACCUGGAACGCAUCGGAGUAUGGUUUAGAUGACGUACGUGCAGCCCAAGAUCUGAAUCCAGGAGACAUUCGCACCUAUCCAUCGUCUUUGCCGGGAUUCAAGCAAAGCGGCGGAAAGCUGCUCAUGUACCACGGGCAGCAGGAUAAUCAGAUUACCUCUUUCAAUACGAACCGCUUCUACGAGCAUCUCCGCGGUAACAGCAGUUACGAAAACAUGGAUGAAUGGACGCGUUUCUUCCGUGUCUCAGGUAUGUUCCAUUGCAGUACUGGUCCUGGUGCGUGGGUGCUGGGUCAAGGUGGGAACGCGGCGCAAGCUGGUAUUCCGUUCGAUGCGCAGCAUAAUGUCCUUGCAGCGAUGAUCGAUUGGGUAGAGGGGGGUAGUGCACCGGCGUAUAUGGAGGGGACGAAGUUCGUGAAUGAUACUGUGAAGAAUGGGGUAGAUUUUAUGAGGAGACACUGCAAGUAUCCAGCCAGAAAUACGUUUCUUGGGGGAGAUCAUAAGAAGCCUGAGAGCUGGGGGUGCAUGUCCUAG